UCACAUACCUGUCGGCUUGGAGAGGGUGGCGGAUUGGGAGGAGAGCCUUAGAAACAAGUUGUUUGCCUCCCGGGGAAGUGACAUGGGCAACGACUGACCACGGAGAUGACCAGUGUGAUAUGGACAGUAUCAACAACAGUGUGAUAUAGACAAUAUCACACCGUCAAGAAAUACUUUCGAUACCCCGGAAGAAUUGGAAUUUUAUGUGGUGGAAGUUCACGGAUAGGUUUUAUUUGACUUUUAAUAGAAAUUGAACUUGGUGGUGUACAUUAAAGACUUGUCAGAAAGACUAGUUAAAAUUGUACAAGGAGCUAGUGAUGGACAACGUUUAACCUGAGACACGUAUGCGAAUAUAGAACAUGGCGCUCAAGGUCGUGCUGCUGACGUGCGCUAUAUUUGGUGUGAUUAUUCCUGGACGAGAUGGGGCUUGUUCGUUUCCGAGCCACCUAUCCGGGACUUUCGACGAGAGUGUUAAAGGGGUACUGUCGUUCACCUCCAGCCAACUGAUGUCAUACGUCCUGCACACGUUCGGUACUCUCAACUUCAACUGCGACCACCAAUACUCCUCAACACAGUAUGUUCUGAAGUCGGCCACUAGUUUCUCCUACUUCAGCCUCAACUGGGACGCCUACAUGUGUUGGGACUUGACGGAGAUCUCCACAGACAAGUUCUACUUCUACGAAUCCACAGACGCGCUGUCGGAUGCUGGAGGAGAGAACGUAAAGAUGUACAUUAGCGGCGCCUCCCCCGUCUACAGCGACGUCUGUUCUACCUCCUCCUACACCGCGGGGACGUACAGGUUCCUCAUGAGGAAUGACACUAUUUCGAGCUCCAAAGUGGCCUGUCCCUACCAGUUUGAGAACUACUGGACCUACAGCAUCAGCAACGGCAGCGUGGACACGUGUUCUUCCAAUGAGACGCAGCUGAACGGCUGCCUCGACACGACGGCCUUCACCUUCAACUACACCCUCUGCAGUUCUUACCUCCUGUAUUCAAGUGGCGGUUCCGUCAAUUGCCUGUACAAUUAUACAUCCGGGUCAACGACCUACUUGACGACGUACAACGCCGACUACAGCGUGGACGAUACCAGCACCUACAGAUUCACGUGUCUGGUCCUGGAUCUAAGCAGCUCUACGUCUAUCUCCGCCAGCCAGUACCCCCGGUCGUGUCAAGUCAACCAGAGCGCAACCUCCGUCCCGUCCCCAGGAAACAGCCUCGUCUUCACAUUCAACGCAAGCUGCUAUGUGCCCACCACAACCACCAUCACCACAACCACAACAACAACAACAACUACUGCAUCGGUGGCGGCAGCCGCUGCGUCAUUAGACUGGGUUGCCGCCGUUGUCAUCGCCAUCCUCGUCGUCCUCGGCCUCUUCAUCGCCGCUUAUGUCUACUGCUGCUACAACUACAGAAAAGAAAUGGACGCCCAUCAGCGGAAGAUCAUCGACUGCCGCGCAGCAGACGACGAACAUCGGGCAACGGAUGAGAAGUAUGAAGAGAGAGGUCAAGCGCCACCUAGCGUCAAGUUCACGUUCCCAGACUACACUCGACGCGUGCUUUCCAACUUUCGGAAGAAGCAGAAGGGAGACCGAACCAGACUUGUCAAGGAUGAUGAUGAUAGACCACUAUCACCUUCGGGUAUUUCCGUCAGGGAGACGGAAUCACCCGACAGUGCUCUUGGGAUGGAUGAAGAUGACGGUUAUCCUAUGCUGAGGUCACAAAGGUCAAGGCCGGUGAGCGACUUCAUGAAGAGGUUGAUCACUCUCCACGAUGAACAACGCGAGAAGGAGAAAGAGCGAGCUAAAAUUCCGGAGGAGAAAAGAUUCAUGAAAAUUCAUGGACGAAAGGGAUUCCAGGAUGAAAAAUCCCUGACCAGCUCGGCUGGAGUAAACCUAGUCAGCAAGAUCAAGAAGAUGGCGCGAAAACGCCGGAAGACGUCUGCCGCCAUUCAGAGCAGCGCCACGGACGCUAGGAAAGCAAAUGAAGUGCACGAGAACGAGGCUAAUGAGUUAGUGGAGAGGGACGACGAGGCGGGAUCACAAUCAAGCGAUGACGUGGUCCCAAUCCAGCUCGACGUGUCACAGCUGCUCGCCUACACAGCCCUACCCCCUUUCGCCACGGAGACACCCCGGGGAGAUGAUCGGAGACCCAAGGCAGUGACUAUCGCCGAUGGUGGGAAGAUCAUCAACGACGUGAUCGUGGAGGACCUCGACAACACUCCCGCCAUGGGGAGUCCUGAAAGGGCCGAGGAUGCAUCCAAGGUGUACACAGUGAGUGGAAGGGAGGUGACUCCAAACAUGAAGUUCCGUCGAGAGCCCGUGAGCACCAAGGUCCGGCAAAACAACAGCUAUCUUGGCCGCAUACACCGGAAGCCCCCGGCCAGCCUCGCUAUGCCGGACAUCGAGACAGCGAGAGUGACCAGUGGGGGUCUGAGACGCAGUGCGGCGGAUGCAGACUGGGGGAAGUACCUGGAUGAGAUAUAUCCUGACAAACUCUACAUGGACUAUGCAAAAGCCACCAGCACGAGAUCCGAGAGCAUGCUACGUCAUAAAGCAGACGACGGGCUGGACUAUCUGUAUGACCGCGCCCUCUACUGGAAGAAGUCGGAACCAGUUGUCAGACCCAGCUCACGUGCCAAGAGCACGCGCUCAAUUCGGAAGAAGGGUCGAAGUGCAAACAGCGCCACAGUGUCAAGGUCAAGAAGUUUGCACAGCCCCGCCUUGUAUAGAGAUACAACUUUGUGAAAUGACUGCUGCAGAUUUUUGUAUUGAACUGUUAUAAUGUGCCAACUGGUGCCACGCUGGUCCCCUAGAUAUAGGAUAUUAAACAUUUAUAAGGACAGGUGUUACUAAGAUCGAGAUGGUUGGAAGGGCUAGUGGACAAUAUGAAAUACAAGGCUACAUAUAUAGUCACCGACGGAAGAAACGCGAAUACCAUACACGUUGGUGAAUAUAUGAAGAAUUACUCAUAUUCAAGAGAUAUCAGAUUGGUUUUAUGCACAAACGGACACACUGGUAUGUUGUGUGAACCGACGCUCAUGAACUUAUCACAUGUGACGUCAUAGAUCCAUGACUUAGAUGCACCAUUUGACUCGUGCAGGAUUAACUGUAAAGUUUGGAAAUCACGUGCAGCUUAUCGUGAUAAGAGUAACGACACCGUGGUAACACUUGACUGAUUGAUAGUUUUGUCAUUAGGUGGCACACAUCGGAAACAUCUCUUCUUAACGUGCAUAUUUCUCUCUCUGUUUCCAUGUUUCGCGUUUCUUUUGGCGGUGAGUAUGUGGAUCCCAGUGUCCCUGUCGAUUCAUGGACAUAAGGACCAUGAAGGGUAAAUACAUCACCUCGUUACCUUCACAUUGAUAUUGUGGUAAAUAAUAAUAUGAAUAUCCUUCGUUUGAAGUUUGGAAAUGGAGUUGUUUGUAUGUUGUUUUGUUGUUUUAGAAUGUUUGGCAAGGUGUCGAUGUAACGACGAAAGUCCGCUGAACCAAACGAAGCAUUUGUUUUAAAAAAACAAUUCUUUUGAAAGAUUUAAACAUUUUGCCUACGUCUAACCGGAUUGCAUUAUUUAUUUGAAAUAGUUCUUUUCCAUGGCAACAGAAAUAGUGCAAAAUCUAUUUUAGGUGAUUUUUCAAUAUUGUAUAAAAAUGUGUAUUGUUCUCUGUCAGUAUCAUGUAUAUACACUGUCAAUACUAAUCUGUUUAAAUCUUAUUUAAUUAUUUUGUACAGUAUUAAUCUGCGGGUUCCCACGAUGUAUAUAUGUGACAAUGUUAUGAACAUGCAUUUAACCUUACUUCUUGCUGUUGUUUGUACAUAAUUAAUAAUGUGUAUGCGUGCUGUGCCGAGGUCGAUUAAACAUGAAUAUAAAG